AUGAUUUACCCGAAGUAUAUUGUCAAGCCCACAAUUUCAUCCCGAUACAAACCACUAACAGAACAUCUGUCUGAAAUUGAAGAGUUCAAACCUCUAUGUGUUGACGAGUAUACCCCAGGAGAUACACGCCAAAGACGUCAUUAUAUUGACAAUUUGAAGAACGGACUUCCCUACAAAUGUAUUCUGUUUCGAGUGUCUGCAGGGAAUAACCUCGGUACACACAAUUUCAUAUGGAGAGUUCCUAUGAACACUAUCCAAAAAGAAGACGUCUUGACAAAAAACAAUGAUGUAAUACAAGGUAUCACCAAAGAUUUACCAACAUACCAUACCAGGUUCAUGAAAAGAAACUUCCUGCAAAAGGUAACUCUGUUGUGUGAUGUUAAGCCAAUGGAAGCCCGCUGCAUUUACAAAGAUCUUACCGGUGACAAUAGUGCACCGGAGACUUCAAAUGAAAAGAUAAUUGAUGAGAAAGUGAAGCAGGCCUUCGAGCUACAGGACCCGGAUGUGAUUCUUGACCUACGAGAACAUAAUGAAGGUCAGCCAACCAAAUACUCUGUGUUUUUUGAUCACGCUAAAACAUAUAUUGAAAAUGUAGUGGAGACAGCUGUUGAUGACAGGAGGCAUGAUACAAUACAACAUCUGGCUACAGCAAUGUCUGUCAGAGACCUUCUGAACCAAGUGAAGGGUACUUGUCCAGAAGGAACACCCAUACCUUCUGAACAGUGGUUGAGAUUGCAAUUUGCACCCAAAAACCACUCAUCAAUAAACUCAUUGCAGUACACUGGGAAUUUACAUGUGAAAUACCAAGUACAGAGCAGGCAAUUGCGAAAAAGUCAUAUAGACUUGCAUUAUGCAUCAGCAAUAUUUCGUUAUAUGAAAGACUUUGCAGUCAAAUUUCGUGAUAACGCUGUUAUGGUGUGUAUGGAUGACAAACAUCACUGUAAGGUUGGUGAACCUGGACAUCCUGUCGCAGCAGUGGACAGAGGGAAAAGAGUAAUCGUUGGUCAGGAUUCUGUGUUUGCUGUUUCUGACCACGACUUCACAAAAUUCAGCAUUGUUCCAAGUGUGACAAUGCUGAUUGAUAUACCUGAAACCAUGGAUGGAUCGUUCUACCGUGGACAAGUUAAUGUCGGUGUCAAGGACUUGGUUCUGGAACCAUCAAAUCCCAUACGGCAUAUAACAGAACUGUCACAAAUAUUGAACAAUGAAGAUGCUGCCAAAUACAAGAAGCCCAUCAUGUGUAUUUACAGUGACGGGGGUCCAGAUCACCGCCUCACCUACAUGUCGGUACAGCUGGCAAUUCUGUGCCUGUUUCUCAAAGGAAAUUAUGACUACAUAGUUGCAGCAAGGACACCUCCAAUGUCGUCAUGGAAAAAUCCCCCAGAACGUAUCAUGUCUGUGCUGAACUUGGCCCUUCAGGCUGUUGGACUGAUGAGGAAGGAAACUUCAGAGGAGUGCGAGAGGAAGCUGAGGUCUGCUAACAGUUUGAAGCAAUUGCGUGAACUUGCUGACAAGUACCCUGACAUACAUGAGGAGAUGGUGGACAGUACACAACCAGUAAAGAUUUUACUGACACAACUCUUCCAACGACUGCAGCUGAAAGAUGAACCUUUCAAAUGUUUUACUGCUGCUAGUGACAGGGAAAUGAAAGAGUUUUGGGGGGCAUUGGACAGGUUUGGUGAACCACUGGACUUCAAUGAGAUGCAUCAGAAGGAACUGAAGCAAGCAGUGAAAGACAGAUCAAAAUGGACAAGAUUUGGCCAGAGCUUUCAGCAUUUUUGGAACACUGCUGCACAACCAGGAGCUAUUUCUUCACAAUCAAGAAAUGUGGUGUAGCUGAUUGUGAAAUAUGUCCUCCACCUGUUCUUCCCCCUGACCAGUUUGCUGAGCUCCAUCCGUUCCCAGAUCCUGUGCCAGGAGAUGAGGGCCAUUACAAGGACUUCUCGGAGUUGUAUGGCAUAGAGGAGACCAGUGAGGAGUUCUGUCCUUCUCAUCGACAAAAGAAGACUUCUAGUGUUCACCAUGGUCAUGAUAUACCAUUUUCCCCAUCAGCCCAAACAGCAAAGACAUGCCAGCAGACAGUGGCAUGCAUUGAGUGCAAUAGACCUAGAGUUGUCUACGCUGCUUCAAAACUUUCAAAUAGCGAACAGUCACUUUUAACCAGGCUAUUGUCAAUGUACCACUACUCUUGUGGAAGCAUCUUACAGGAACUGCAACCAGAAGAUGCUUCAAAAGCACCGAGAAUCAAUGCAUUGUUAACGAAAGUAUAUGUCAGAAGUAACAUCACAUGUGAUACUCCUAUUGAAGUCCCCUAUUUCAGCUCGAAGUGCUUUCCCCCUGUGUGCUUCCAUUGUGGCUCUGACACAGACCUUGUAAUAAAGGAGAGCCAAUAUCCAAUAUGUAAAAUCUGUGACACCAGAGACAAACAAGCUCUUAAAAGAAAGAGAAAUGUGUGGGAGGAACGAAAGGGGAGCAAAAAGACCAAAUCUUAAAACAUAGGGAGUUCCUGAUCACUUGCUUGUGUACAUCUGGUGAACAUUGAACAUAAAGUUGUAUUUCAAUUGUUUUUCAAUUUAAAUUGUAAGUUUAAUACCAGAAAAUAAAGACAAUAGUUUAAAA